CUAAUUCCAGCAGCAGCAGCAGUGGCGGCAGCAUCAGCAGCGGCGGAAGCAGCAGCAGCAGCAGCGUGGCUGGCAGCAGUGGUGACUCAAAAGGUUUUAAUGUGUCUCGCUCUGCUGGUGUUUAGGUCUGGGAUUCACCUGCUCUGAGUUGGGAAUUUAAUGUUCCCGUUUCUCUUACAUUUUCUUAAUAAUUCCGCCCAAAUUUGGGCAAUUUGUCGGAUUUGCUGGUGGUAGGGCAACGUCAGCUUUGAUAAUCCUGAAUAACUCCAACAAGAACAAGGGGCAGUUGUAAUAUGGAAACAAAAAUUCUUUAGCUGUUAACUAGAAAAAUCUAGUAGUAUGUGAAGAGUACUACUACAAACAUCAACAUAGAAACAGACAGACUUAAACUGUCAUUAUGAAUCAUGGAUUUCAUUGCUUUCAGAAGAAAAAAUAAAAAAAAUCUUUGAAGAAAAAUUCAUCUGAAUCUAAGUCCUGUGGUAGGAAAAAGCAGAGCAAGAAAGCUGAAAUAUGUUAACGCACCUGUUGGGCUUUCGCCUGCACUUUGUUGGAACUUCAGCACUGCAGCAACUUUAAAAUGGAUAGCAGUUUAAAUGACCAGCUAAGCCAGUACUUUGAUCAUCUGUUGGGUGAUAGCCCAGUAAAUUCCCAAACCAUCACCUCAAAAAAUCAUACAGGUAAACCUAAAAAAAAAUAUAAGCACAAGAAUAUACUGGGAACAGACUCUGAAGAGUCAUCACAGCAGACUACAAGGAAAUUAUUUGAUUCAACAGUAAGAAAAAUUACACAAAAUGAGGUUAUAUUAGACACUGACGAAAAAGCAACUACUAGUACAAAAAUUAAACAAAAGUCUAUAAAAGUGGGCAAAGGAAAACAAAGUAACAAUAACCAGACAAAUAAUAUUGAGAAAACUUGUGAUACGCAUCAGCUUAAGAAAAGAGGUUCAGAAUGUCAAGGAAGAACAUCCUUCAAAUCUGGAGAGAGAGUAACAGAAGAUGGCUUUAAAAUUGUAUCGACAAUACCUGAGGACGACUCUGAUGUAUCUGAUGCUUUUGAGCAAGAUGAUGACUGGGAAGGAUUGUCAGUGGGGAGUACUAGUUAUGAAUAUAAUAAAGGAAAAAAUGCUGAAGGUUCCUCAAGAGGAUCAAGAAAAAAUAAUGAUGGAUUCAAAAUAGUUACCGAAAUACCACCAGACAACAAUGAUGCGAGUGGUGCAUUUCAUGAAGAAGAUUGUGUAGAUAGAGAAGUAAACUUGACAGAAGGAUGCCAAUUAAAUGGAAAGAAAACUAUUAAAAAGCCCAUUCUUCAGUUGAUGAAUGAUUUUGGUUUUGAUGAUAGCAUAUUUUAUGAAAAACGGGAUCACGCCACAAGGGAAGCAGGCAUGCUGUCAAAAAAGUGUACAUCUAAGAAGAGAACUUCAAAUACUCUUGCUGAAUUAGCCAAGAAAAAGCAGCAGAAGGAAGUGAUGAUAUUGGACUAUUCUAAGAAAAGAGGACCAAGCAAAAACCUUUAUAAAUCUGAUGAAGAGAAUAUCAGUGAAGUACAAAAGCCUCCCUCUGAGCAAAUUAUGGAUGAAAAGGAGCUGAAACGUGCUAGGUAUGAUGUCUUCAAACUGGGGAUGAGUGGCUUUCACAAAGAAAAGAAAGAAGACACAAGAGUUGCUCUUGCCAUAAAAUUAGGAGCUAAGCCACCCAAGAAUAAGGCUGUAAGUUACAAGGAUCUCUUUAAAAUGAAGAAGGAAGAAAAACAAAAGAAAUUGGAUGAGUUGGACACACAGAAGAGGUUGGGCUGGAAGGUUACAAAGUCAUCAAAAUGUAAGCCAAAAGACAACAAAAAGGUAAAGGGACUUUCCUUGAAGCUUGGUACCUACAGAGAUGGAGUACAGGUGCUGUCCAAAAAAGAUAUAGCCAAAAUUAAUGCUUUGUAAUAGCAGUGUUUCACUUGAAUAUACUUUAUAAAAUAAAUUUUUACUACUGACCAAUGUCA